GGCGAAGGAGCCAGCGUAGGCUGUCCGGCAAGCGGGAUUGCACAGUGGUGGUGCACAACAUAGUAAGGAUCGCAGGUAGUGCGGAGCGCGGGGUAGGGGAGGAAACCAAAAUCGGAACGCGAGGCGGGGAGCGGGGGAGGGGUAGAGAGAUCCACCAAGGCGGCGAUUGAUGCAGUGCCAUGACAAUAGGGAAGCGCCAAGGGCCCGCCGACGCGACGCACUGGAAGCGGGGGGGGGGGGGAUGAAUGCCUGACAAGUGCUCCUUGAGCGGAUAGGAUCCCGUGGAGGAGGCUCUGCGGGUGUGCGUGCCUGUGUGACACACGCUCGCCUGUGCGGAGCCCCCGCUACCACCGCCGCGCGCUCCAGGCCCUAAGCGGCGCGGGGGAUGAGGAGGGUUGGGGGCGGACGGCAAGGGAGGAGCUGGAAGGGGAACGGAAGGAAGAAGCAGCGGCGGCGGCAGCAGCAGCCUAUUUGUUGUGUCCGUGGCGCGCGCCUGGCUGCAUCCGCUCCAGGCAGCCUUUCUCGGCCGCCGCGCGCGCGAAGAGCGGCGGAGGAGGGAGGGGGGGCGGCCGAGGGAGAGGACCUGGGCGCUGACGUCACACGGAGCUGUCCCUCAGCACCGGGCCGAGCCGGGCGGGCUCUGGCGGGCCGGGUUCGAGGCCGGACCUAGCAGGUAGGGGGGAACCGCCGCGGGGAAGAGGAGAGGGAGAGGGUUGCUGGCUGGGUCUGCUGCUCCUUGCAGCGCCCCUUGCCGGAGGAGGAAGGGAGACGGAAGGAAAGAGGGAGAGACGGGUGCCGCCACCGCCGCUGGGCUGGGAAAUGGGAAGGAGGGUUCGAUCGCGGAGCAUUAAAUGAACGGGAUUGUUGGAGAAGGAAAGAAAAAAAGGCGGCGCUGAAUGGCUGGGAAGCGCACAAAGAGCGAGCUGGGCGCCUCGGCAGCGCUGGGUAAAUGCCAGCGAGAGGAAAGCCAUGGAUGGCCGUGCCUCGCUGUCUCUCCUGCCCGGGGGCAGCAGGCAGUGGGAAGAAGUUGGAGAGGCAGCGGGGUUGAGUUCACGUGGACGCCCGUCACCCGCGCAGCCAUGCUAAAGCAGCCCUGAAGGCCGCCGAGCGAGGGGAGAGAUGCGCAUGAAGCGGGUAGCGGACGGGUGCUAUUCCAGACUGUCCCCCACACAUACCCAACAGGCUUCGCUCGUCCAGGGCUGCGGUGAGCCACACAUCACACUUUGCCAGGCUCAGGGAUUAUCAGCCUUCCCUCACCCCGCUGGAAGGGUAGUUCCAAAAAGUGUGUCUGCCUGAAGCCCCUGCUUCUUCUGGCUUGUGUUGCUUGGAUGUGAUUCCCCGCAGGGAGAACAAUAAAAGCCCAGCCUUCUAUUUCUAGUUAUUAAUUAGCAUAAACUUAUGUCAACAAAGGCAGAGUUUAAAAGAAACAAAAGCAAAAUCCUCUAUUGGCUGGAUGGAAACAAUGUCUCCCGCUUCAAAAAGAGAACCAUUGUAUCCUAAGUCAAGAUAGCUAUCUGUAGGCAUCUUUGGGUCCACCAGCCCAGGAUCCCCUGGGGACCCCGUCUUUCCAAACAAAGGGAGUCUGGCGGGCUCCCCAGAAGUCUUUGCAGCUCUGUAUCCUAGCAACUCUGCAACUUCCCUUAUGGGAUCUGCCAGUCCCAAACAAGAAUGAAACCUGGUCCAGCUUGUACUAGUGGCAGGAACAAGCUGAUAAGUAGAUGGAGCAGGCUGAGGUGUAAAUGGAUGAACAAAGCCAGUACCGGUAUAUGUCAGGCAGGCAGAGGGGAGAGAUGGAAUGCAGGCUGGUGGAGCUAAUCUACACCAGCCACCAUAAUGCCAACACAGGAACUACUUCAGAAAAGUUGUGCUUCCUAGAGAGGGGUAUGAGUGUGGCUAAUUUAGAGCUAUCACCGCAGCAUCACAUUUUCCAGUCCUGCUUUCCAUUUGAAUUGAUAGCGGUCAACAUAGGGAUUGGGUGUUUUCAUCAUACUCAAUACUUGCAAAACAAAAUAAGGAACCCUUUCCAGAAACACCUGCAAGUCCAAGGUUGGAUGGGCAAGCUUUGUGCUUGAGAAUAGAAAAGGUCAGCAUGUCUUGCUAUGGAAUGGGAUAGAGUCUGUCAACCAGAUUGCAGUAGAGGGCUGGCACUGCAUGGAGCCAGGCAAUGUGAAGAGAGGCUAUGGUAUGGUCAUGUGAGAUUUGCAUGGAACAGGAAAGCAUCAGGUUCUUGCAACCUGGCUAUGCCCCAGUAAAGUGCAUUUCUCCUUUGAACCUGCCCCAUGCUUUAUAUCCUUCAGACACACUAGCUACAGGCACAAAACAGCUAUCCUAUAUUAGGGCCCUCCAGUCGGCCACUGAGAGGAGCAUAGACAGGAAGAUCCUGAGCUAGUCCUUCUCUGGUCUGGAGUAAAAAAUUCUUAGGUGCAGGUCACAGGCUCUGGGUAGUGUGUGUAAUGCUUGCAGCUGACUUUUGUACCAAGUGUGGUUGAUUUGGGUGCUUCCAAUACAAGUGUUACAAAAUCAUUUUUAAAAAAUCCUUCCUAGAACAUAAUAUAAAUACCUUAUUGCCACCUCUGUGAAAACUCUGUACAGUGUUUCCUUAUAGUGCAGCUAGUGCAACUAGGAGUACCUGCAGGACAGGGCCCUGUCCUGCAGAUACUCCUCAAAGUACUACCACUCCCCUGGGUUACUCCCAGGUUAAUAGGAUUCUCUCAUUAGGAGCUUUUCAGCAAGCUGUCACUGUAAUCCCAGUGGCAGGAAGAGGAUAAGGCGCCAAGGAUUCCCUUCCAUAUUGCACACAGAUCCUAUCAGAGUAGGUGUGCCUAACCCUAGCACAGAAGAAAAGUUCCUGGCAUAACAUUGUGCCCUGGCACUUUCCCCUAAAAUAGGAACAGCUUGGUUAUUUAUGUUUCUGCAUCCUGCAGCAAAAGGUGAGGCAGUGUCUUCCUAGUCCUUUCACAACUAUCCUUACCCCACUCCUACUAAGUAAGAAUCCACAAUAUGCUGUCAUAUCCUCCUCAUAGUGUCUUCUGUCUUUUUUCCCUAAAACUUCACAUGCAGAAUCUACAUUGUCACAACCUUUUCUUAUCACCUCCCUUGCUGAGAGAACCUAGGAUUUCAGUAUUGGGCACAGCUCCUUUGUGGAGUGGCCUGGUUUCCAGGACAAUCCCAGACAUACUCCAAUCAGGUUUCCAGGGAGUGGUAUAAAGAAAGUUCCUCUGCCUCCCUAUUCCUCUUCCCUAUGAAAUAAUCAAGAUUACAUUUGUAGGAAAAGGUCAGUCUCCUUGCUCUAGUUGAGGGCAAAAGGGUUGCAUAGGCACACGUGAAGAGAGCCUGUGGGAAAGUGGGCACUCUUGUCCUCAAUUGCUAUGGAAUUCAUCCAGUUCCUGGACUGCAGUUGAGCCAGUUGGCCUGGAACCCACAGCAGGGUCAUGAUUCUCCUCUAGCUGCCUUGGGGGUGGGGAGCAACACUCAAAUAUAUUAAACACUAAAAAGUAUCAAGGUUUGAGUUUCCCUGCUCCCACAGAGGAGAGGAGAGGUCACAGGCUGUGGUACCUGGUGCCAGCCUGGGCAGAACCUUGUUUGUUCAGAUACACACUUCUUAACAUGGUUUACAGAUCGAGAGCCCCUCCUUACAGGACAGGUAUCUGUGUCUGUAUCAGAGCUACUUCUGGGCCCAUAGCAGGCAUUAGCUAGCUGUGAACUGCAUUGGCCUUUCUUCCUCCCUAGGCAACAGGACCACGUGGAAAGAGGGAGAUUAGAAUAACUGGCAGGGAUUUGGUGCGGAGUGGGGGGGAGAGAGCUGGAAAGACUGUGCCACAGAGAAAAACAAAUUGGAGCUUGUCUAGAGAUAAACUGUUAAGGGCUGGAUUUUCCACACUUAGGUUUGGAAUGAUUUUGGCAGAUAGUUGCUGGCAUGAUGCCAAAUGUUGCUGUUUGGGAACAAGAGCCUGACAGUUUGUUUGUGUCAGCUCCAUGGAUCUGUGUGAUUUUCGGAGAUAUAAACUAGGUGAGUGAUUUCUUUUGAUUGAAUCUUGUUAUGGUAGAAAUGUGGAGGCUUUUGAGGUGUUCACCAAGCUUCAACUAUGCAAGCUUACAUGUUAUACAGAUAUGACUAGUUCAACAUCUUGCAUAUUGCUAUACCAACAAAAAGUUGGUUAGAAUUGGACUAGAUGAUUCUCAGGAAUCCCUUUCUAGCUCUACAGUUCUAUGAUUCUACUUUGCAUUUAGUAGCAAUUUUUUGCUCUGAGACCCACAUGGUGGCAAUGCUUUAUUGAUUUUAAAGUUGCCAUCCCAUGUGCACUUACUUGAAUUAAAUGGGAUUUCUAAGUAAACACUCAUUAGAGUGGACCAGAAUUCCAAUCCAGGAGCAAAGUGUUCAACAAGAUAUCCUGGCAUAAACUCCAUACACGGACCAAGCAUUUUGCUUCCACUUUCCCCAAACCAGCUUACAUGUUCAGUGGCAGCAUACCUCAGAACACACUUUAAAAGAUUAGACAAAUUCAUGGAGGAUAAUGCUAUCAGUGGGUUAUAGCCAUGAUGGCUAUGUUCUUCCUCCCCUGUUGGAGGCAGUAUGCCUCUGAAUAUGUCACCAGGGAGCACAAAUAGAGAGGGCACUGUUGUACUCAGGUACUGCUUGCAGGCUUCCCUGGGGCAUCUGGAUGCUGGACUUGAUGGGCCCUAAGGUCUGAUCCAGCAGGACCGCUCUUACAUUCUUAAAUGCUAGGAAUAAACAACAGGAAAGGGCUGUUGCCCUCCAGUUCUGCUUUGGGGCUUCUAAGAGGCAUUGGCUGGCCACAGGAUGCUGGGAUGCUGUAGAUGGAGCUUUGGUUUAAUCUGCCAUAUGUCUUAUGUUCUUACAUUUUCAGUUAUAUUUAGAAGCUGUUUUUAAUGACAUAGACUACAGAAGUUUGUAGGAGGAACUACAUUGGCCACAGUUGUGGGUAUUACUCCACCCAGGAUGCCUGGAUUACCUGGCUCAAUUACAAUAUUUAUCAUAGACCAUUCCUGAUUGUAUGGCAGGUGGGUGUAUAUCAACCUCCCUCCAGAUCAGUCAGUUUCCCACUGAUGUUACUUGAUGGAAAAUCCUUCAUGGCACCUGGUAUUCUGAAGAUGUUGGGAAUGAGCCCAGCACACCUCUAAUUUAAAUCCCAAUGGGUGGCUAUUAACUCUGCAUUUGUUAAGAGCCUGCCUUAAUUUUGCCCAUUUUACUGCUGUCAGGCAGCCCUCUGUUUUCUGCAGAGACAAGUGGGAAAGCAACUUUCUGUUAGUUUUGAUUAUCACUUUCCUGUGAAUGGUAUACAGUACUUACUUUGCAUCUCUUGAUCCAGCUUGUCUGAAUACUGUAUGACAUGACUCACUGAUGUGCAGAUCAUGAGGCGAUGAUCAACCAGAUAGUGAUGAUACAGAGGGAAUACAGAUGGCCGUGUAACAAUUAACCUUGCCAGUUAUCUGUGAUCUUCUACCAGGUGGUGAGGAGGGUCCAUUAUUCCCAUUGCUUCCCUAGAUUUCUGACAGGGGAUGGCUGUGGGGGGAAUUGUCUUCAUUGAUAGCAUAAGAACAUAAGAAGAGUCCUGCUGGAUCAGGUCAAUGGCCCAUCUGGUCUAGCAUCCUGUUCUCACAGUGGCUGAUCAGAUGCCCAUAGAAAGUCCACAAACAGGAGCUGGGUGCAAUAGUACCUUUCCCACUUGCGAUUCCCAGUGACUGGGAUUCAAAGGCAUAUUGUCUCCAACACUGGAGACACAACAUGAAGCCAGAAGCCACUGAUAUCCUCCAUGGAUCUGUCUAAUAAACUUUUAAAGCCUAUGGCAUGACGUUAUGGAUGACCAGCUUGUCAAAUGGUUACAUGCCUACCACAGUGAAGCUUCCAUUGGCAAAUGACUGACUACGUUCUCCAUACAGUGGGCAGCUUUGACUUGAGGUGACAACAGAAAUUGAAGUUGCUUUGUCUCUGUGUGUUGAGCUGUGGAGGGGGAAAGUUCAAAGUUCUUAGUGUCAGCCAUUCUCGGUGUAACCCACUACCUAGAUUUACUUGCUGACAUCAAAUAUUCUAUAUGUUGUUGUUGUUGUUGUUUGAAUGAAAGUAAACCUUAGAUCCUUCUAAGAAUAAGAACUGGGUUAGCACAGUCCUCCUCAGGCAGUGCCUUUUUCUGGAUCUGUAGCUCCCAAACUUGAUGGCAGGCCUUUCCAUGUCACAAGGGUCACCGGUUCCUGCCAAGCCAGGAGCCACUUGGGAGUGGGAAGCAAGUGGCACCAGGAUGAGCUGUUCUGUCCUUCUGUGACACAAGUUGUGUCUGUGGUUGCACUAAUAGUGUGUGCGUGAUAGCCCCUUUUAAUCUCUGCCAAUUGUAAUGUGGGGGUUUCAGGGGAUGUUUGAGGGCUAUCAAGGGUCUGAGGGGCCAGCAGGGAGGACACAUAUUUGGAAUAAGGGCCAUUGGCACACUGCAAAUUUUUUUGGGGGGGGGGAGGAGGUUGCAGGUGGGAUAAAAACUGAAGAGAAUCAAGGGGGGGGCGUGAGAGAGAAGUAAAGCAACAUUCCAAGAGCGGGCGGAGCUUCGUGAGGAAAAAGCCGAGUUGCUGAAACAAAGCGAAAAAGAUAUAGCCGAGGAGAAGGCCGGCGUUUGGUAAUUUCUCAGCAUCCAAUGGGAAAAUGACUUGUUUUCCUUAGCAACAGAGAGUGCACCAAUCCGUAGGCAGCAUGCUUUCAGUACUAGCGGCCAUUGGUGCUGGCGUCAGCGGGGAGGGGGGAAUGGCAGACAGACAGACAUGCAGACAGACAGAGGCGGCGGGGAGGGGGACGCGCGCACGUUGGGAUGAGAUUUCCCAGGCUCCUGACCUGCUUGUGGGCUACAUGUCUCCAGCCACGCUUUCUUAAAGUCUCCUCACCCAUCCCCAUGCCACUGAGCCCCUACCCUGCAAACACAGCUCUUCUGUGCUAGGGUGUGAAAGGGGACAUUAGUAAUAAUAAUAAUAAUAAUAAUAAUAAUAAUAAUAAUAAUUUAUUUAUACCCCACCCAUCUUGCUGAGUUUCCCCAGCCACUCUGGGCGGCUCCCAAUCGAGUGUUAAAAACAAUACAGCAUUAAAUAUUAAAAACUUCCCUAAACAUUAGCUACAAUAUUUCCAAAAACCUCACCUGUCUGGAAGUGGGUUCAGAAACACCCCACCCCCAACCCCAGUUGCAUCAUUAGAGUGUCCUGUCCUUUCUUACUUGGGGGCUGCUGGAGUGGGGAGGGCUUGGUUCGUGCUGGACGGAUCUGAGCAUGUGUGAGCAAGGGAGAACUAACACAAAAGGCUUUUCUCUGUUGUGCCUUCCAGCCUGCAAUCCACCAGAAAUGAGGAAAUGGGGAGGGGUUGGGGUGCGGACAGUGCUGUAGCCUACAACAGCACUCAGGGACUCUCUAAUCCGCACUUGCAGCUGCUUUCCAAGGCUGAACAUCAGAGGUAAAGAAGAAGGAAGAUGCUUCAGCCGACUAACCAGUCCUCCUUUGUCUUCAGAGCUGCUCUCAGCCAGCCAGCCAGCCAUCCUGCACACAGGGUUAAUGAAACUCAAAUCUCUGGCAGAUGCUUUCCCGAACUGCUACAUCUCCCUCUUUGGUGACUCAUUCUCCUACCCCACAGGUUCUUUGAGGAAGAAGGUGGGGUGGGGGUGAGUGUUGGAAGUGGGGGAGCAUGUGCGUUGCUAAAAGUAUCAUCUGUUCUUUGCUCGGUUGCCGUGGAGACCAUACGGUGGCGAUUCUCUUUAUAGCCACAUUCCCCCCGCUCCCCACCGCCCCGCUUUUCCAUUUUGGAAAGUUGUUGUUGUCCCAUCCCUUGCUCAGCGCCCUCCUCUUCCUCCCAGCAUUGCUCUGAUUCCAUUCCGACAUGGAAUAUGCUGCUAAGCUCCCUGGCAGGCUGAGGCUGGGGUGACUCAGUGAGAUUGGUACUCCUGGGACAGAGGUGGAGAAAGAUCAACGGGAAUCCUAGAGGCCCAGCUAGGAUGCUUGGCCUGCUCUGCCCCUUGCAUAAUAUAUUGCCAACACUCAAACCAUCUUUUUGCCUGCCAGGAAUGACUAGUUGGACUUGGCUUGGGGCCCAGGGAGUUAGUGGGUGUUGCCAUCUCUAAUCUCGUCACUUUUUUAAAAACCCUCAUUGCAGCCUCCAGAAAAGUGGGAGUUGUUUCUUAAUGAGUGGAACAGCCCUGCAGAGUGCGGAAUACGUUAUGCCUUCAGGUCUCACCUUUUUUGUCCCAUCCGCCCUCAAUCUCUCUCUCUCUCCACAGAUGGAAGCAAUGCCAUGAGACAGCAUCCCCCGCAGGUGACGGGGAGGGAGUGGGGAGCCUGACAUUUCCCCAGGAGACCCUGAAGAGCCAUGACGUCAACAGUACAGACCCUGCGUUUCCCGCUGCUGCCGCACGUGCCAAACCAAGACUGGACAUACAGCUGUGAGGAGGAGAUUGAGCGGCGCUACCAAGUGGUACCCUCAGUGGUCUGCGCCAUGUGCUGCCUCUUUGGGAUCAUCUACUGCUUCUUUGGUGAGAGAGGGUUUGGGUGGGUCUGUGUGCUGUCCUAGGUGCCCGGAGGACAGUUUGAGCUGAGGCAUGGGGGCAAAGGAGAUCAAUGAACUCAGUGCCCUUAUGAGGCCCAGGGAGCCCAUUCCACUCAAAGCCAACCCUGUGUCACAGUAUGUCUGCAACAGGCAUGAAGUGGGACUCACGCUUGAGCUUGCACUCAAAACUAUGGGGGCAUUUUUGAAUAUGCAUGUUUAGGAUGAGGCUGCUAGGGAGAUGGAAAAGGCAGGUUCCCAGUUUUUGUAGCUUACUGCUAGCUUGCUCUAUUAGCCCUCCCUGUUCAACACCUAAUGCACUAAACAAGGGAGGGGGUUGAUUUGUAUUUUAAUCAUUAUAAUUUUGAUAUGCAAUAUGCUAACAGUUUGAUAUGGAAAAAAAUAAAUAAACCUAAUGUAAUUCCAAGCUGUUCCAACAGCAGAGAGCUGUGUUAAUGCUUUUGAUUCUACAGAAUACACCCAAGUGGGUGCUUUAGCCUGUAUGGGUCCUUGCCAGUCCAUGUGACUUACAGUAACUAGUAUUGGUUUUCCAGACUGCAUAACGGGGCUCCUUUGCUAACCGCAUCAGCGUCCCAGGAGAAAAAGCUAGCACUGUUUUCCCUGAGACACUGCUGUGCAUUCAUUUAUGCAUUACACAGAUCAGUUGGGAGUGUGGUGAAUGCUCAUGUAAGGCAGCAUGCUCUUUGAAGCCCUGGAUAUUAGGACUCCCCAGCCUUAGUGAUAUAAGCACAGAGUAUCUUUCUUUGUGUGUAAGUGUAGGACAUUGUGUAGGUAUUCUGCGUGAGCCUCCUAAGUCAGAGGCCAGGACUUUCAGUGCAGGUAGCUCAAAUGAAUGUGGAUAGCCUGUCCUGCUCAACCAAACAGAUGGGCAGCCCGUCCUGUGCUCCUGACUGCAGCAACAGCUGCUAGCAUCCAUUUCUUCCUUUCCUCAGGGUACCGAUGCUUCAAGGCGGUGAUGUUCCUGACAGGACUGAUGUUUGGCUCUGUGAUCAUCUUCAUGCUGUGCUACAAAGAGCGGGUGCUGGACACCCAGCUGAGCGUUGAGGCCUCCGUGGGCAUCGGGCUGGGCAUCGGGGUGCUCUGCGGGCUGGUGACCAUGCUUGUGCGCAGCGUUGGGCUCUUCAUGGUCGGGCUGCUGCUGGGGCUGCUGCUGGCGGUGGCUGCGCUGGUGGUGAUGGAGCAGUUCUACCACCCGCCUACCGUCUGGAUCCCCAUCGGUCUGCUGCUCGGCGUGGGCAUGCUGUGUGCAGUGCUCACCUUGCAGUGGCAGCGCCUCUUCACCACGCUCUCCACCGCUGUCUUCGGCAGUGCCGUCAUGACUGCCACAGCCGACUACUUUGUUGAGCUCUUCCUGCUGCUGCAGUACGUUUACGAGCGCGUCAAGGUAGCUCCUGCCCGGCCCAUCUGCUGGUACAGCUGGGUCAUCUUGGGCACUUGGCCAGUCCUGGCAUUGUUGGGCGUCCUGGUGCAGUGGAAAGUCACGGCAGAGGGAUAUUCCCACACAGAAGGUGAGUGUGGUGCAGCAGGGUGGGUAGGAAGGGGGUGGACAUUGGUGUAAAAUUUGAACUGUCAUCUUCACUUGCCUGUGGUUCUUAUUGCCAGAAGGAAAACCUUAGUGAUUUCAGCCAGGAAGACAGGCUGUGUCCCAGCUGUGGUUAUAAACUGGGAGCCAUCUUGAAGUUCCCUUUUCCACAAAUUUGGCUGAGGGAGAGGGGAGAAGACAUACAAGUCUGCCCCCUAACAAUUCAAUUGAGGAUUAUUUUUUAUCUGUUGUUAAGAAUUUAGCAGAAAUUAACCAAUUAAUGCUUUGAACUCUUAUUCUGAGUUACAGAGGGUACAUACAGAGGGUACCUCUUUUCUCUGAGGGCUAAACUACAUAUUGCAUCCAAACAGAUAUACAGUAGUUGCAACAAGCCUGUUAGCAGGUGAUGCCUUGUAUGAAAAGCAUGAAUCAUGCUCAGCCACCUUGAGAUUUCUGCUGUAGUGAAAGGAGGCUAGUUCCCUUAGGUAGCAAAUGCUGCUAUAUGUGCUGGCACCUCAUUUAUCUCAGUGGCAGCUUCCUGGAAUAAAAAUGGUUUGGAACUUUGCACCUUGAGGCUACAGGUGCAUUCCCCAGUCACCACACCUAAUACUUCAUGUUGGCUCUGCCAAUUAUGAAUUUACCUGGUUAUGGGAGGUGGUAUCCCAACUCGGCUUUUGGCUUUCACUUCAUCCCACAGCAAAGCAUUCCAGUAGUGGCAUCUGCUUGGUACCUUGGGCCACCCCUUCUGACCACACCCCCUUCUCUUCUCUCUCCUGCCCCUCCCUCCCUCCCCCCCCCAGUGAUUAUUAGUCGGCAGCAGCGCCGUGUUCAGCUGAUGCGGAUCAAGCAACGAGAAGAGCGCAAGGAGAAGAAGAAGAAGAGGCGGCCACACCCCCAUCCCCACGUGCAACACAAGGCCCACCCACCGGAGCCUGCCUACCGUCGCAAGCCUAAUCCUGUGCGCCGAUUUGAUGGGGAUGUGCUCUCCCCAGUGAGUCAAUGCCAGUGCCCUCCUGCACAGGGCUAGGGUGGUGGGAUUGUAUGUAUUACACUGCAAAGAAUCCAGCUCCCUAGGGGUAAAGACUGAUGGGAGUCAACUUGCUCCCAGUUCUGUUCCUCCAGGCUUUCCUGCUUUGUUUCCUUUGCUUUUGGAUCAUCAGUGACACACUUCCGCCUUAAGAGCCAGCCCUGUCAGUCAUGCUUCCCACAUUCAGAAACCCAUCUGUAUAGGACAGAAGUGUCUCUGGCUUCUGCACCCUUUGCUUCUCACACUCCAUUCAUACGGACUAUCUGUAUGGAAUUCCCAUAGAGAGAGGAGCAGGGAAACAGUUCAGUGGGACUCCCAGCACUGUUGGCCACUCCCACCCCCAUUGAUGCCUCUAUAUGCAGGAAGCCCAGUGCGAGACAAGAACACCAUGGCAUAACAUAUAUGGAGGGAAGAUGGGUAGAGAAACUUUGUCCAAGUUCUGCUUUUUGCUCUACAUUUGGCAGUUUCAGUUGGGAUCCAAAAGCAGAGCUCUGUGUCUCUUAACAUUUUAUUCGUGUGUCUCUGGAAGUUCUCCUCAACCCAUGGAGGAUUCUCUGCCUAGUACAAAUAGUGUUGUCAGGUGGUCCUUGGGGAGCUUUGCUAAUUGAUGCGGGGGAAAGGCAGUGACUUUCUCAUGACAUAGUAGAAGAACAGGGUGAUCUUUAAAUGAAAGUGAACAUGCUUAACUAUGCCAGCCAAUGCAUACAUCCAGUAAGUCUCUCAUCAAUUCAUUCCCAAAGUCUUCCCAAGUACAAAUAGCCUGGGACAAGCUGUGCUCUGUUGUGGCACCCUCCCUGUACUAGGGUGUUGAGCUUUGUAGAAAACUAAGGUAUUGUGAUCUGUUCAAAAUUGCAAGGCAACAGGGCUCUGACAGUGCCCCAGUAUGGCCAAUAUGGAACGAGUGAAUGGCAGACACACAUUCUUAAACUUUUAUGGACAGGCACCAUAGAAUAUUGAAUGGCUGUCUGUGGCUUCUGGACAUAUGCAGAUUAUCUGUCUAAUAAUGCACAUUUGCUGUUCAUACUUUUACUGUUCACACCUCACUGCAGCCCUUAGUUUUCCUGAUCACAGCACAGAGAGCCAAACCUCAGCCUCCCUAGCAGUCAUUUCCAGCAGGACCAGAAGCUUCUCACUACCCCUACCCCAGGAAGCACUAUGAGCCCUUUCCAGUAGAUGUGGGAGAAAAUAAAUCCUAUUACAUCUCAAGGCAUUGUGUGGAAGAACAGCUGGUUCUUGGUUACUUGCAAGGAGAGGGUGAUUUGGCAGCCAUUAGGAAGGGCCUUGUCCCAGGAAUUGAGGUGGGAAGAGGCUGGACCUGCCCAAAGCACUCAGGAGCAAGUCACAGGCAAGUCCUUCCACACAGGGAAGUUUCAAUCACAGAUGGGGGAUGGAGGCAGCACCCUCAUCUUCUGCUUUCCUCCUCCUUGUAGAGCUACAUACAGAGCUUCCGGGAGCGGCAGACGGGAUCCUCUCUCAACAGCCUCCUGGCCAACGCUCAUGCUGCCAUUGACAUUGACUAUGACUGUGGCUCCACCGUGCCCCUGACAACGGGCUCUGGCCCUGCAAUGCGGGUAUAGUGCAGCACCUCCCGCCAGGUCACAAGGACGCUGCCCUCGCACGGUCACGCAGGUCAGGCCGUGUGGGCUUAGCCUAGUGCCUGUGUUUCCGUGAGGACUUGCAGAUACUCUUUGCUGGCAUUCGUAGACCUGGCCUGGACAUGCAGUUGUAGCCCAGUUUCUCUCACACUGCAAGGAUAUGCGGAAUUCUCCCCAGUGCAACUCUGGCUCCAGCUAAGCUGCCCUGCAACAAGGGGCAAGGAAAGCGUACAUGAGCAGGUGCUUGGGGCAAAGGGCUGAAGAGAGACCUGGUUGCUAACCCACCCGAGCCAGGACUGCGGAGUGCAGUGAAGGGUGAAAAGGAAAGAGCCAAUCGCCUGCAUGAAAAUGACAAGGAACUGUCAACAUUCCCCACCCACCACUGUUGGAGUGACUCAUAGAUGGAGUGGCCAACGGGGUGUUCCUGUGCUGUUGUCUUGCCACACGAUGGACCCACUCCUUGUCCUGGAGCUUUGUCUUUGCCUGAACUGACCCCCGCAAGGACUAUUUCAGGGCACAAGUGGUAGGAUUUGACUCAGUUCACUCUAGUCUGGCUGGGGCAGCCAGCUCAGGGAAAUGGGGUCCUCUGGGCCCCGGGCCCCUUGCCCAUACCAGUGCCUGGCAUACUGUUUGAAUGGGCAACUCAAGGAGGGAAGGGAGGAGGGAGGGGUGGGCAUCUGGGCCACCUGGGCUGGGCUGUCUAACUGUUGAAGUGUGCAAGUGUGAGUGUGUGAGCGUGUGUGAGGUGGAGCUGGAGCAAGUAUGGGGCAUUCGGCUGGUAUCCAGGCAAUGAGCCUUUUCGAUACCCCCCUCCUACUUCCCCUUCCCCCUGUUCCUCAUUUUGGAGUGAGGGUCAGGGUAGUCAGGGGACUGGGACUGGGGGGAACAUCCAUGUACAUAUUCUUGUUGCAGUUAUUUGUAUUAAUUUAUUAUUGACAAAGAGUUGGGCCUGAAGAGCUCUGCUGGACCCAGGGUUGGGGGGACAGGGUCCUGCAGUCUUCGUAUCUUUCCCUUCAGGCCCAUGCCUGGGGAUGGGUGUCACCCUUUUUUACCCUACCUAGCCUCAAAGAGCUGGGGUGGGAGUGUCCCCCCUGCACAGGACCCUGUCAAAGUGUGGUGGCCCCCACAUUUGGAGCUUGUCUCCUUGUUAUCUAUCGUGUGGGAGGUGGGGCUGUGAGUCAGUGUCUCCAUCUUUAAGGGGACAGGAGCAGGGAAGAUUCACCAUCUGUUUCAGGAUGGGGGCAAGGGAGGGUCCAGCACAGCUCAGAAAAGCCUCUCCUUCAUGGAGAAACUGCAUGUUUCUGUCACCAAUCGCCACUGUUGUCACCACAGAAACCUUGCACUCUCGUUUUUCUUUGUUUUGUCCUCUCUUUCUCUUUGUAUAUGUGCCAAACGCUGCCGGGCUGCGGCUGCGCAAGUAAAAAAAAAAGCCUUUCAGAGGAGCCUCUCCAUGAAUGAAAUGGGCCACAAGCGUUGGACUGCGGCACAAACACUACCACACAUGCAUGAGCUUG